AUGAAGAGAAUUCCCGAAGUUGUGGAAGAACGAGACGAGCUCCCCGGUGGUGCGCGGCGUCCGUCUGGUGAGGCAGUUGAGGUGGGAGGACAAUGUAAGCAAGGGAUCCUCGCCGCCGCAGGUGGGAGUGAGGAUGGUGGAAAUAUGCUUGCCAAUUUGCUGAGAUGCAGGCAAAUCAUCCUUUCGGAAUCCCAUGUUGACGCGGCUCCUGAGGCAGAUGUUGCACGGGUCGAAGGGGUAAGUCUUGAACUUGGAGGCGGUGGCAUCGGUCAGAAAGGCCUGGAGGGGGGAGUCGGAAACACUUACAUGAAGGCCAUAUUCACAAUCCUGCCAACCACCGUUCCUGGCGCCCCGAGAACACUGAGACUUCAGGAACUCCAACUGGUGGUAGCACGCGUAGGCGUAGUCCCGCAGCUGGCAGAGGAGGGCGCAGCAAUCAGGGUCCUUGGAUUGGUCUGA